UUUGAAAAAUGAACACAAAAGUAAUAUGAUCUAGUACGCAGUGACCAAAAAAAGUAAACACACCGACACCAUGAACCUUCUUAUGUUAUACUUAACAAAGUAUUAUUAUAUCCUUGUGCAAAAAAAUGUCGUUUCCGUAAUCGCUGAACCAUAAACUCAGUUUUCGAGGUUAAACAGUAAUUACUUCACCCUGCACCUAUUAAAUAAGAGCCAAUAGACUUGUUGAUGUUUACUAUUAGUUGAGUAAUAAAAAAUGUCAAAACAAUUUUUUUUUAUUGAAUUCAAUUGACUGCUCCCUAAAAAGCUCAAACCUGUAUAAAUCCUCGGUGGGUAUAUCUGAAGGAACGUGCCGAUAUGUUUUAGUGGUAUUCUAGGUACCGUUGUGAAUUGUGAUUGUGUCCGUCUUAAACUCUUCAUCUUCAUAAUUAUUUAUGCGUAAUAUGUCUAGUGACAACACAAUGCCUGAUAAUGAGUGUCAUCGUUGUUCUGCUGGGAAAAAGGAACCUGUGACACGCACGUGCGAUGAGCAGAAAGAAAUUCUCUCAUCGGUUGUUGACGAUUACUAUCCUUGGGGAAAACCUGGAAAUGGUGCUCCUAACGACGAUGGUCUUCGAAAAAGGAAAAUAUUUGCAGAUCCUCCGUCUCCUCCUUGGAAGGAAAUUAGUAAUGAAGUGACAAAAAUGGGGAGACCAGGAGGUGGUGCACCUCAAAAGACGUCGUCCGGAAAAAUCAAAAACUUCCGAAUCGAAGACCCACAACUUAGGUUUCAAUUUCAUGCUCCCGAUAGAAAUAUGGUUGACAACGAUCUUCGAUACAGAAUGCCAUUGAAAGACCAAAGAGCAUAUAAGUUGGAAUUGGAUGAAAUGGUCAGAGAAAAACAAGAAAUAGUGGAAGAAAACCGUAGAAAAGAAAUGAUCCAAGAUCAAAAAUUGAAUUCGAUCGCUGAUCCCUGGGGUACGCCAUGCCCAGGGGGUGUUAUUUGGAGAGAUCCAAAAAGUAUUGGAAAAAACUUCUUUCGAUCGUUGGGAUACGUGGAUGGAAGGAUAUUAAAAUUGGGAUCGCAUCCAAACGACAAUAAAGAAAGCACUGAAGAUAUUGAAGCGAUUACUGGUGGAGUAGAGUUAGCUCCGUUACUUGCGGCAAGAAGAAGACACGAUAAUAAAUGGCCUUUACACACUAGCGAUGUAACGAAAAUUUAUGAUCCUAAAUCAAAUUUCCUGGUAGAUGAAAAAGAAUAUCACAAGUUUCUUGAAAGACAAAUCAGCGGACGUGAAAAACGCAAACAACACGAGCACGAAGAAGAUAUACAAGAAGGACAAAAGCACCAUGAAAAUUGGAAUGAAUUCUGGGGUAGACCUGGAGGUGGAGCACCAAAAGGAACAAUGAGACAAAAAGAAAAUCUCGAGUAUAUGCUGUAUCAGUUGCCUAUAAUCAACAGGUUAAAAGAAAAAGAAGAAAGAAAACAUUGCGGCGAUUGCAAAAAAUCACCAGAAAAAUAAAUCAUUUUUUUCUACAAUUUAUCUCGUCGACUCGUUUAUAAUAUUUAGCUAUAGUUAUUAUUGUUCACAAUGGGAAUAGCGCGGUACUGCUAACAUUUCAUGUAAUGAGUAAUCUUAUGGGUUAAUUUAGCUCGUAGAAUAUAUUGUUAAGGAAUUCAAUUUCGUUAUUUAUAAAAAUUAAUCUUUGUUGCACAUGGCCUGAUUUUAAAUUUCGUUUGACUUUAUAAAAUUCUAUAUAAUUAUCAUUUAUACAAUUUUUCAUUUUAAGUUAAAAACAAAAUUAUAUAUUUAGAAUCUGAGUCAAGUACAGAAG